UAUUUUUCUACCUUCAGAAAUGUAUUUCCUCGGAGUAUAAAUGGUUAUUCUGUACCCUGUAACGCUGUAUAAUUGCCUUACUUACGCAGCAAAUUACAUUAUGGACCCACUAGUUUGAGGCAUCACUUACAGGCACUGAGUUUAUUUCAGGCAUUCUCUGGGUUAGCUGAAUGUUUCCCAUAGGUUCUGAUCUAGGAUCAGCUUCCUGUCCCCCAAUCCUAACCUUAACCAUGAGUGGGAAAAAUGUGAAAAUGACCCAAGAUCAGCAUCUAGCGGCAACUUCACUCUACACCAAAGUUUUGAUGCUGUUUUUUUACUGACAGGACGUGGCCAGAAGCUGAAUCCUGGUGAUGCAGAGGAGGCUGCCAGCUCAGAAGAUGAAGAGAUGCCAGAGGGGGGGGAGAGCCACCCUUCCCCUUCAAUGGUAUGCCCCGGUUACCCUUCUUCCCAGAGAACCGGAUGGAGCCCAGACACCAUUGGCCAGACCAGGGGAACAGACUCCGGGAGGGUGUGGUAGGUGACCCAGCAGUGGAGCCAGAGGAGGCUGCAGGUCGCAUGGUGCCGGGGGCAGCGGGCCAGGCUGCAGUAGAGCGCCUCCAGAGAGCCGCCCAGGACGACCCUCAGGCCUCCCAAGGCCACCCGUCUCCGCCCAAGAGACCCUUCAGAACGCCCAGUGUCCCCUCCCUUUGUGUCAUGGCCACCCGGGCCACCGUCAACCUCAUGACAGCUCCCAGCAUGCAGUACAGCAGCAGUCUGUCAUGUCUGACCCCCGAGCUGGCAGAGCUCCUGCUCAGUCACAUGUCCCGUGAGAGGCUCCUUCGCCCACGCACCUUGGAGCUCUUCUUUGGCUGCCCAAUGCAGAAAUUUGUCCUCAACUGCUACCCGUACUCUACCAAUGAGCUGCUCCGGCAGCUACGGGCCUUCACUGCACUGAAGCACCUGAGCCUGGUCAACUCUCCUCUCAUCACAGACACGGGCCUCUCUGUGUUGUGCAGCUUACUGAAACUGCAGCACCUGAACCUGACCUCAUGUAGCAAGCUAACUGACUCCUGUCUGCAACACAUCACAGGAUUGAAGAGCCUGUCUUUCCUGUCACUGGACCAGACCAAAGUAAGCGACGUAGGGAUGGUGCUGUACCUGCAGUCUGCUCCUUCAUCACUCACCCAGCUCAGUCUGAACCAGACCUCAGUCACAGAGGCCACCUUGGCAGCGCUGCCCGCCUGUGUGCCACAGCUACGACUGCUCAGCGUCAAACACACCAAGGUGAGAGACGUGUCGGCCCUGGCGGCCCUCCCCAGCCUGCAGACCCUCUACCUGGACGGUACGGGGGUGAGGGAGGGCUCUCUGGAGUGCCUGGCCGUCCACUCCACCCUCUCUGCCCUUAGCCUGGCAGGCAUCUCUGUCGCAGACGGCAACCACGCCCUCCAGAUAAUUUCAGGUGAGCUGUGUGUGUGUACUACAAUUGGUCAAUUUAUUAUAUAUAAUUUUUUUACGAUUGCAUCGUCUGUCGAUGAUGUCUGACAGCCAUCGUGAUGA